CUCUUUUCCACACGCUCUCGUCCCGUCACUUACCUCCAUCUACCUGGUUUGAGGUAAUCGAUCCAUCCUGUGUGCAUCAGAAAAUCUCUGGGCAUUUUCAAAACACCCGGCCCCGCAUCUAUUGACCCUCCAAUGUUAAGAUAUAUAUGAGUCGGCGGAUUUGAACAUAUUCGAAUCCAUGGACACAACACAACCAUGGCCCUCCCUUCCUUCGAGAGCAUUCCAGCUUUCAAAACCAAACCACACGUUAUCGUACUCACAGACAUCUGCAACGAACCCGACGACGCCGAGUCGCUCACUCGUUUCCUACUUUAUGCAAACGAGUUCCAUAUCGACGGGCUCGUUGCAACAACCUCCUUCUGGCAGCAGUCCUCCACACAUAAACAGCAGAUCCACCAGAUCAUCGAUGCAUAUGCUAAGGUCGAAGCAAAUUUGAACGCCCAUGUCCCUCCUAGCCGUCAGUAUCCGAUUGCAGAUGCUCUACACCAGCUCGUCCGCGAUGGGCUGUCCGAGUACGGGAUGAAAGGUGCACGAGGCCCAUUGAAUGCCGGCACUGAGCUACUCAUUUCAGCCGUGGAUGCAAUCAUCGAGGAAGGUCAUAUCUGGGUUUUGAUUUGGGGUGGUGCCAAUGUACUCGCUCAGGCCCUCCUCGAAGUUCACAACUCUCGAUCGGAAGCUGAGGUCAAUACAUUUGUUGCUAAGCUUCGAGUAUAUGCCAUCUCGGAUCAAGAUGACGCCGGAGCAUGGAUAAGAUUGAACUUCCCCAAAAUAUUCUAUAUUGCGUCUGUCCACGGUUGGAAUGCGUACGGCCUUGCUGCGUGGACGGGCAUCUCAGGAGAGUCAUACUACAAUUUCAACCCUGGUGGACCCAAUUCCGAUCUUGUGACGGCCAAUUGGCUGAAGAAAUAUAUACAGAUUGGGCUAUAUGGUAAAGCAGCCUAUCCAGAUCCAGUGUUCAUCCCAGAAGGCGACACGCCCACGUUCCUCAACCUCAUCCAGAACGGACUCACUGAUCCUUGCUGCCCUGAAUGGGGUGGCUGGGGAGGACGAUACAACCUUACAGAUCUGACUGGUGGAGAUGGUAGCAGACAUUAUAGUGAUACUGCCGAUUAUGUUCGUGGUAAAGAUGGCAACAUGCACGUUGGUAGCCAGGCUACAAUCUGGCGUUGGAGAGAGGCAUACCAAGGUGAUUUUGCCGCACGUAUGCAGUGGACGCUGGGCAGCGACUUCAAUAAAGCAAACCACGCCCCCGUCGUUGUAGUCAACGGUGAUUCAGAGCUAAGUGCUCUGCGAAUCAAGACCGGAUUCGGAACCACCGUGCACUUGGACGCUUCCCAGAGUUGGGAUCCAGAUUCUUCUGAUAGCCUAGAGUUCCGAUGGUUGCACUACAAGGAACCCUCGGCGACACAGUGGACAGCUGGUUUCCAGGUCCCGGAACUUACUUUCAAAGACGAAUCCGAUGGGAAGAGGAAGUUUGAUAAAGUCUCGGUGAAGAUUCCUGGGAAGGAUGAAGGCAUGAUAUUGCCGUUGCAUCCUGGAGAAAUCAUAAAAUGGGGACCAAAAACUUACCAUUUAAUCUUGGAGGUGGUUGAUAAUGCUGAGUUUCCAAUGAGGGCGUAUAAGAGGGUGUUAGUGGAAGUGACGGAUGAACCACUGGUGGCGGAGAACGCGGAAGAUGAUUGAAAGUGUCGAAAGCGACUUUGCUAUACAUCAUCACACUAUUGAAAGUGACAUCACGGGACGUCAGCUUACCAAUUUCUCCAUUUCUGCACGUCAGCUGAUUUGUCAUGGGCAUUACCUGACAAAUCAAGCUACCAUGUAUAUAUAUGCCCCCAAAUCCUUGGUUUGGAGGGCUAGCUGCUAUUGUCAAUAAAUGUCCAUUCCAAC